UGAAAAGAAAGGAUCUGAUAGAGUGAAAAGUUGAGGUAAAAAAGGAAAAGGAUAACAAGAAAACCCCUGAAAAAAAGGAUGAUAAGAAACAAGAGAAGACUGACAAAAAGGACAUCAAAAAUGAACCUGUCACCGAGGACAAAAAGAAGGACAGCCCCAAGACCGAGAAGGACAGCCCCAAGUCCGAGAAGGACAAGAUGUCAAGCGAAGAGAAGGACAAAAACCCAGAGGAUGACAAAAAGAGUGCUGAGGAGAAGGAAGCAGAGCGCAAGGCAAGAGAGGAACGGGAUCGCCGAAAGGUCCUCACUCUUAAGAAAAUACAGGAGCAACGACAGCGUGAAAGGGAGCGUGAUCGGGAGAGGAUGCAGAGGCAGAGGGAGAGACGUGCAGAAUUUGAGGCAGAGAAGGAAAGAAGGAGACUCCUCGAUAUUGAGAGAAGGAAUCAAGAGGAAGCUCGUCGUUUGCAAGAGGAGAGGGAGAGACUCAGGUUUGAGAGAGGUAGGCUAGAGAGAGAGAAAGCAGAGGCCGAGCGACUUGAGAAAGAGCGCAUUCGUCUUGAGAGAGAACGUCGCGAGAGAGAACGGCUUGAGAGGGAGAGCCAGAGAGAAGCAGACCAGCGACGCAUGGAUAAUUUCAGACGACAAGGUCCCAGCAAGCCGAUGAAUGGCUCACGUCAAUUUGCUACUGGACCAGGUGGUGGAAGGUUUGAGGAUCCACAGCGACGUCCAGUCAAGCGUCCUUUUGAACCUCGGCAAGGUGAUGGAAUAGUGGACGACCGCAAGAGACCUGCACCGUCAGACCAGCGCUUUGAAGGAAGAGCUCAGAACUUAGGUGGGGGGUCAGACGGCAACAGGUUUCAUGACUUUAACCGCGACCGUGACCGCGGGGGGCCGGGCAGCGACACGAUUGACCGCCGCGUCGUGGAGAGGUACGAGCGACGGGACGUGAAGCCUUCCGACGGCCGCUUCGAGGCCCGGCGGGGAGAAAGGGAAGGCUAUCGACGCGAGGUUCACCGCCGGUCACCGCCCUCUGGUGACAGAUUUGAAAGAUCCAGAGAUGCAGAUGUAAGGCACCAACGUGACAAAAUAAGUGACCGACCAAGCGACCGACCGAGCGACCGACCGAGUGACCGACCGAGCGACCGACCGAGCGACCGACCGAGCGACAGGGACAAGAAAACGGUCUCCCGACCAGGGCCACACAGAUCCUCUGCUGACAAACGCGUAGGAUCCGUGCCUAGUCGCGACGGUCCACCACCAGGCAAGGUGAGCCGGCGCGAGGACACGGGCCGGUCAAGCAGUGACCGGCGACGGGAGAGUGAGCGCAGUGACCGACCACGCGGACCAUCUGACCGCGGUGACCGCGAGGACUCGCGUAGGGAGUGGAAGUCUGAGCGUGCGCACAUGCAGGGAGAUCGACGUUCUGAGAGGUCUGGUCCUGGGCCCUCACGCUCCAACUUUGAUUCACGUUAUGAAUCGCGCAACCAAACGCAAUUCAGCGAUAACCGCAACAAGAGUUAUGGUGGAGGCCCAGGGGGUGGGGGAGGACCUGUGAUGAGUACUGGUCCUACACAGGGCAGAGACCAGUUCAAUAAUUCCCAAGGACCCAGUUCUCAGGGUGGACGCUGGCCAGAUAGAGGGCCUGCUCCUAUGGCAGUUAAUCCGCCCCAGAUGAUGGGUCCUCCUGCAGGAAACAUAUACAUAAAUCCUCAGGGUGGGCCACCUGGCAUUGUCACACCAAUGGGUGGCUUUAUUAGUAACAUAGCUCCUGUUUUCACUGACACACGUGGGAGAGGUCCUGACAUCUAUGAUGCUUACAAGAAUUUAAAUACUGGUCGCAGGUUCUAGUGUGUUGAGAGCCUGAGGAUUUACAGAAUGGUUGUAUACAUCAUAUUAGAAUCAAGAUUUCGUUGUGCCCGUUAGUUUCCAGAGUUAAUGUAAUAUAGUAUGUUUUUAUCGCGUGUGUGUGUAACGUAGAAUGUUACAUCAGUCGGUCAUGUGGCGAGAUGUAAGGUGGAAUGUGUGAUGAGACGUUGUAUGUGGCUUGCGUCAUGUAGUCUCUAGACAAUAGAUGAUCGAAACGUGACUGACAGGGAACCAGCGUGAGUCUUACUGAAUUACGGGAUGAA